AUGCUGGAUUACAAUGUCCUAGGAGGAAAGUGCAACCGUGGGCUCUCUGUCAUUGACAGCUACAAGACAUUGAAAGGUGUCGAUGUUUUGAGCAAGGAGGAGACGUUUCUUGCCUGCACCCUUGGUUGGUGUAUUGAAUGGCUUCAAGCAUAUUUUCUUGUGCUUGAUGAUAUCAUGGACAACUCCCAGACACGACGGGGCCAGCCUUGCUGGUUUAGGGUGCCUCAGGUUGGCCUUAUUGCUGUAAACGAUGGGAUUAUCCUUCGCAACCAUAUUUCAUGGAUUCUUCAACGCCACUUCAGAGGAAAACCGUAUUAUGUUGAUCUCAUUGAUUUGUUCAAUGAGGUUGAGUUCAAGACAGCUUCAGGGAAGUUGUUGGAUCUUAUCACUACUCACAAGGGAGAAAAGGAUCUCACAAAAUAUAACUUGAAUGUGUAAGUUCAUGUUGCAGUAACUUUUGCACACUUAGUUUCCUUGCAUGGUUUACCUCAUUGUUAUAAUAUCAGUGUACACUUUAUUUGUCUGGUAGUGAAUUCCACCUACAAGGGCCGGUCCAAUGCUAGAAUAGAAGCAAACUUUAAUA